AAAAAUGAAAUAGUGCCAUUGACAAGUUGUCAAGUGCCAAGUUAAUUGAAAGAUUAUCAAAGGAAAGUUAUGUCGAAGUCGAACUGUCGUCUUGAUUGACGACCUGUCGGUGACGAAAACGAAAAACACAUUGAUUUCAAAAGUCAUACAUUACAGAGACCAAUCAUUUGACUAAUAAGUUUGUUUUAGUAAUUAUAGUGUUGUUCCCACAAUAUAUUUUAACCCCUUAAUAUUAAUUCUUAGUGUUUUUUGUAUUACUAUCCGUUUUUCGCCUGUGUAAAUACGCAAUUUAUAAUGCCUAGUGAGGACAAAGCAGUUUUUGGACAGCAAGGUUCAGAAGGAGUUAAUACACAAGCGUUGCAAUCUCCAGAAGACGAAAAUGCUAAGUCUUGUUGGGUUUGUUUCGCCACGGAGGCCGACGAUAGGCUCGCUGCUUGGGUUCAGCCGUGCAAAUGCAUUGGCACUACGAAAUGGGUUCAUCAGAGUUGUCUCCAGCGGUGGGUAGAUGAGAAACAACGUGGAAAUAUAAGCAGAAAAGUAUUGUGUCCUCAGUGUAAAGCAGAAUAUAUUGUUGUCUUUCCUUCAAUGGGCGCUUUUGUUGCACUACUCGAUGCUUUGGAAGAGAUCACAUAUAAAAUAAGCCCGUUUAUAGCUGGCGGUGUCUUACUAGGCUCAAUAUACUGGAUAGCGAUUACUUAUGGUGCUGUUACUGUUAUGCAGGUGGUUGGCCAUAGAGAAGGUCUAGAAAUGAUGGAGUCAGCCGAUCCGCUGGUGCUACUCGUCCUGUUACCAACAAUACCAGUAACACUGAUCAGCGCUAAGAUGUACAACUGGGAGGACUCGGUGCUUCUCUUCUUGAGAAAAUAUUGUGCAAAGAUCCCAGCUCUUGCGUAUAUACUACCGUUUGGAAACGUGGAGGGUGACAGGGGUGCGAUCGUAUCAGGACAAAAUAGCAACGCAAAUCAAAAUGGAAACUCAAAUUUAUCACCAACUAGAAUAUUUUGUUCCGCAUUGCUAUUACCGACAAUUUCAACAUUAAUCGGCAAAAUAUUUUUCCGUUCAGUUCAAAAUAACCUCCACCGAACCAUACUAGGUGGUCUGACGUAUAUCACAAUCAAAGGAGCUCUCAAAAUUUAUCACAAACAAAUGUUAUAUAUUAGACAUUCGAGUAGGAAAAUUCUAGAUUACACAGAGUCGAAUUUAAAAUUAUAUAGAAGUGCAAUGACUUCGAAUACAACUGAUGUCGUUUCCAGUACCAACGAUUCUGAACAAGUUAUAUAAAUUUUUAGAAAUGGUUAAAAAUAACGUUAUUUUUUUAAACGUAAAUCGUGUGACGAAACGUAUUGUAACGGUUGUACUUACAGUACAUAUGGCAUGUGAUAAACACGUAAUUGACUGUUGUGUAUUUUUAUUCUACUUUUUUUAUAAGAUAACUUAUAAUUCUUUUAUUUUAUUGCGCUAGAAUAAUAAAAAAAAUCAUUAUUCUGCGAUGACAAGUUUUUUUUAAUAAUAGCAGCUUCUAUAAAUAAAUGAAUACUAUAUUUUUUAAUUUGGUUUUUAAUUGAUCAGUUUUACAUUAUAAUCAAACGGAAUAUGUUGCUUUAAUUAAAUUAAAAACAAAAAUUAAUGAAUAACAAUUCAAUACUCUCUACAUAUUUAGGAAAUAAACGAAGUAAACGACUUGGAAUACACCGUCUAAAGAUGCAUGUAAACGUAUAAAUACUUUUAUUAUAUUGUACUUGCCUAUAGAAAAAUACUAGUAUUGCUAAACUAUUUUACUGUUUGUUCGUUAUUUUUAACACGUGGCAACAACUACGGAACGCGUUAAUACGCCGUACGAACAUUUUUAUGUGCCUUAGUUUAAUUUUCUUAUGAAAUAUUGAAAAAAAUAAUAAAAAUUAUAUACCAGACUUAUUUACUUGAAUAAGUUGGCCCAUAUAAAUUUUAUUACCCGCGGUUUAUUUUUACAUUUUUAAAAUAUCAAUUUUAUUUCAUUUCGUUAAUCGACAUAUUGCAUAAUUUAUUGCAUUAUGAAUCGGCACGUUUUUUUUUUUUUUUGUAUAAAAAAGAUAUAUUCAAUACUUUAUUUCGAUAAAAGCCUCUUUGAAAUAAUUUUGGAUAACGAGAUUGAUCGAAAAUGAUUCGAUAGUUUAACCAACCAAUUUUUUCAUAAGGUAAUAUCAUUUGGCGGCACCUAAUUUGACGUAGCGAGUUAAAAUAUUCACAUUUAACAACCGAAUACGACAUCAUGUGGACCGAUCUGCUUCACUUCCACAGAUAUACCAAAUAACGCAAGUAGAAAAUAUGUCCGUCCAGUUGUCGGUUUUCAGUUGCAUAACAAAGGGAUAGAUAAAUACAUAUUUAUAUUUACCGUCCACUCUCGGUUCGAUCAAUAGCAAUACACUAUUUGCGAUAUUUUGGCAUAUUUGAGUUAUUUGUGCGUUUAAUAUAUGUGUGCAUUCAUAAUGUUCGUAAUAUGUAUUUGCAAAUACACUGAAUAUUUGACAAAGUGAUAUCGCUGCGAAAAUACGCUAAGUCUAGUGGAGUGUUGCCAUUAAACUAAAAUUUUCAUUUAAAAGAAAAAAAUCUGUUUAAUUAUUUGUAUAAUCUACAGUAAAAUAUAGCAAUGCAAAGAGAUCCUUUUCGAGGAAGAACUGAGAAACUAGUAUACGAUUUUCAUAAAUUGUAUAUCUUUGCUUUACGCCAACCUUUGUAAUCGCCAUUUUUAUAUUUUGUAUAAUAAUAUAUGUAUGUAAAAUCUGUGCCUGUAACAAAAGAAACUAUUAGCUGAGCCGAACAGUUAUGUUUUAAUCAUUAGAAAUUUAAUUAAUUAGUAAGUAUGUUAAAUUAUUUGAGUGUUGAUUAAUUUAAACAAUAUUAUUAAAACAACACUAAUACUAAAAUGUAAAUAAAAAUAGCUUAUGUCAAAAAUAAAAGAAAAUUAUAUAAAUAUUGAAAAAUAAAUUGGAUGGUCCGUCCAUUCAGCCAUCGUGUUUUUGUUUUAUUGAAAAUUGUAAAUAUUUUUCUAUCGUAACAUAAAAAUAUAGAAUAAUACUAAAUAUCUAAAUAUAUUUUGUCUGUGCUCUUUUAUAGCUGUGAUCAUAAUUAAACAAUAAAAAAUAUUAUAUCAUCGCUUUGCAAAAUGUAAUAGAAAACAAAUCUCACAAACAAAUAUUAAAUAAUAUGAAUUCAUUGUAAUAAUAUCAUCAUAUAAAUAUACAUUAAAAUAUGUAUAAAGUCAUAAAAAAAUCUCUAUUUUCUUCUAUAUUUAGAAUAUAAACAUUGAGUUCGGACUGAGAGAAGCUUCUAGUUCUAAAUUAAGCUACUGCAUAUAACAUCGUGAAGUUAUUAUGUUACAAUUUUUUACAAUUGAUUUGUGUCGAUUAUUGUCACCGUGUUUGCGUUUAAUAUUGCGUGGUAUUCAUACUAAAGUCUAUUCCAAUUGAAGAAGGAAUAAAGAUAAACGUAAAAAAGAUUUACGUUUGCUACGCGAUAUGCUAAUAGAUCAAGUAUUUUAAACGGGAUAUUUACCAGUUUUUUAUUUUUAUUUAGUGGAGCUCGAUAUUUCGACAUUAUCUACGAAUGUCUUGUUCACGAGAAUCUUGAAAAUCUUAUGCUUCCAAAGUUCCGAUAGUAGUGUUGAAUAUCAUAGAUUAUUCAAGCUCUCGACCAAUGAUAUUGCGUCAAUUCUAUGUCAUGUUUAUUUCACUUUUAUCCUCUUGUUGGUUGGAAUAGACAAUAGCUAUGAUCAAAGAGUAACCUUAAUGAGAUUAAGAUUAAUUUUCGCUAUAACAGAUUAUUUCUUCUAGCUGAAACUGCUUGAAUACUACUUAAUGUAGAAACUACUUGUACGCAUAGCGUUGUCAUUACACGAUGGAAGUCUCACAUAACUGACUACUCUAAAAAGAAAUAAGGCGAGUACAAUAAAUAGCUUUACCUUUAGGUCUGUAAUAAAAUACCGCAGUGCUCAAUGAAAGCCUGUAACGAAGACCAAUCAGUACUUUUGGUACAACGGUCCUCAUGAUAGCUGAGUCUUGUAUUAUCUUCAAAGCUGGAUAAUUCGUUCAAUCCAUUCUCCAUGUUUAUAGUUUAGAAAUCUACCAUGACAAAUUAAUAUUUUUAGAUAGACAGGCAAUCAAUAUUAUUACUAGCAUAUUGAAUGCCAAAUUGUCUAACUUUAUUGUAAAAUUGUAUUUUUAACGCUGUCCUGGUAAAGAGACUCGUAGGGUUUGGUCGUCAUAAGCGUGAAGGAUUAAAAUCUAUUUUAUCAAAUAUUAAUCGCGAGAACUUGUCACUUUAUAAUGUAUAAUAUGUUACCAUAAUAUUAAAUUAUAGAAUCUGUGACAACACUAUGGGAAUAAAAUAUAUAUAUUAUUAAUGAUGUUUCUUUAGAUAAAUUAACUGAUUUUCAUGAAAAUCUGUUUUUUCCACUUUGUUUUAAAUAUCUAUCAUUUCGGCAGUUAAGCACUUUUUAAUUUUAUUCGUUUCUGACAGAUCUGCUGCUCUAAACAUUAACUACUAAUAGUUAACAGCUACUAAUGUAUACAUUCCAAUGUCAGGAAGAGUAAAAAAAACAAAACUUAGAUUUACAUAUUCCAUGUGAUUUUUCUAUUAGCUCAGCUUAAAACAGUUCCUGAUAUAUAUUGUACUAUUCCACUUAACGACUGCUUCUACAGUAACGAUCAAAGUCUAUCGAAAUUCAAAACCAAACGUCAAUAUCAUGUCAAUUUAUUUAAUUUAAAAGAAGUUUAUUUAAUUUAACUCCUCCUGUCAUUGGAAUAGGCAGCAGUUAUUACAUGGCGCUUAUUAUAUUAUAUAUUUUGUAAAAACGUUUAUUCUUUUGUUUUGUACAGUUAUCGUAAUAGACAUAUUGAAAUGUAUUAUAAGUCUUAUUAAUUAUUAUCCCUACAUAUUAUUUCAGUGAAAAUUACUUCAAUCGACUGACUAUAAUUAUUCGUUUUAAUGUCUUGGUAAUGUUAUGAAAACUAUUGAACAUUCUUACAGCUUUUAUAUGAAAAUACUGCGUCUCCUUCUUUCAAAUGUCAAAUCUAUUAUGACAGAAUGAGAUGAACUAGUGUAUAGCUCAAUACUCAACUAAAUGGUCUUAAGUACUUAAUCCCUCUGUAGGUACUUACAAAUACACCGGUAGACCUAAUGCGACACUUACGUCUUGAGUGUCAUUACUUGCUCGUAUGUUUGCCUAUUAUAUACUAAAAAAUAUAUUCAUAUACUUAAAACAAAAAUAACGUUCAAGUAAAUAGUUAUAGCCAAUUAUAAUGUUCGCGAAUACUAUACAAUUAGGGUAAUAGCCCAAUGAUACUACUUAUCUACCAAGCAAUCCUCUAUUUCCGUUAAAGUUGCAUAGCGUUUAAUUUAAUAUAAAGCAACAACAAACAAAAUCAUUAACCUUAUAAUGAUAAUCUAAUUCAUUAUCAUAAAAACUUUAUCAAUAAGUAUAUCAAUCGUAUCUUAUCAAACACGGUAAAUAAUAGAGUGCAGUGUAUAACCAUUUGCACUUGUGUUCGCGCGUGUUAUCAGUAGCGAAAAGAUUGCAUUUUCAAACAAGCUUAUCAAGCGGGUGAAACAAUUGUCGGUAAUUAGACGUGUUUCAGUUUUUAAUACGUGUUUAUCUUUAAUUUGGUGUGAGGUCCAUAUUGCGGUAUUAUUAUUUUUGCUGGAAUCAACAGUUGGUUUAUUUCUUCACUUGUAAGAGUAC